AUGAUGCAAAAUGCACUCGAUGAGUAUUUGAAGUCUAAGAUGACCGGAAGCUUUCUGCAAUCUGAUAACUUACUACAACAUGAUGCCCAAUAUCAAGCUCUUGUAGCUUCUCUCGUGAAUGAGAACUUGUCAGGUACCAAACUUUCAAUUGUAGGUGGUUCUUCCAAAUUUCAGCAGACCUCACAUUUGGAUCAAAAUUGCUCUCAGAUGCAUAAAAGGAAGCAAGGAGAGCAAUUUGUUUUUAGUACUAGUCAGCUAGCAUUGAAUAACCACAGUGCACUUCUUAGUGGUGUACAAGAGCGAAAGCAUAAGAAAGCUAGAUUGGAUGACCAUCAAGAGGCUGUUAUGAACGAUCUCGUAUUACAGAAGAUGCUGCAGAGUCAGAACUCUGCUGAAGUGGAAAGAGAUCAGUUACAUGCAUUGUCUCAGCAUGUGAUACCAAAUCAAGAUCAGGAAGCUUCUUUUAAUUCUGCUCCACAGUUGGUAGUUGAUAAUGAUAAGAAGCUGCAAUGGAUGAUGCACCCAGUUCCACAGCAGGAGGUGGUGAAUCAAGCAACUGCCCUGCACCAGCCUGGUGUUUGUUCACAUCGACUAAUGCAGUACCUGCAUUAUACUCGAAAGCGGCCAAAUGAUAAUAACUUGGCCUUUUGGAGGCAGUUUGUGGCAGAGUUUUAUGACCCCUGUGCCAAAAGAAGGUGGUGUUUGUCCUGCUAUAAAAAAUAUGAGGAGCAUCCACUUAGUAUUUUCCCCGAUGCAGCUAUGGUAUCAUCAUGGCCAUGUGGCCUAUGUAAUUGCCAAUCCAGGGGAGGAUUUGAGUUGAGUUUUGAAGUGCUUCCAAGGCUAAGUAAAAUAACAUUUGAGGGUGGUGUGGUUGAUGAACUCUUGCUCCUGGAUUUCCCUCGUGAGAGUAGAUUCUCGUCAGGAAUAUUGUUGCUGGAAUGUGGAAGAGCAGUUCAAGAAAGUGUCUAUGAGCAGCUUCAAGUUGUGCAUGAAGGUCGACUUCGUAUAAUAUUCUCUCCCAAUUUGAAGAUAUUGUCCUGGGAAUUUUGUACACGCUCCCAUGAAAUUUUUCUUCGUCGAACUUCUGUUUCACCUCAGGUCUCUGAGUUGGGUAGGGCUGUACGGCAUUAUCAGUGCUCUAUUGAUGAUAGAGGAUCUAAUGGAGUUUCAUCCCAAGAUGUACAAGCUGCUAGUUGCAAUAAGAUCCUGGAAGCAGGAGGACAAAUAGAAAAAGCUUUCGGUCUAUAUGAGGUUGAUCAUUUCGGAUUUUCUAAGAAAUAUACCCAGUUCUUGAAGAUAGCUGAUGCUGUUAAUAGAAUGAAAGAUCUAAUGACAUUCUGUCAUAAUAGCGGCACUAGCCCAAUUGAGAGCCUGAAGAGUUAUUGCAGAGGAACUCCCACCAAGCUCCCCAAAAUGAAAAUAAGAGAAAAAUGCCAGAAAGAGAGUGCUCAAGGUCUGCUGAAAGACGCAAAUAAGUUGAUGGCAACAUCUUGUGGUCUGAUGAGAAGUAAUGCAAAUCAAAGCUGCUCAUCUAUCAAUAUUGAAGGUUUCUCAAAUGUCCCAGAAUAUAACCCUAUUGUGAGCAGAGAUGGCGAGUGGGAAACUAGUUUGAACCAAGACUCUUCGCCAUUGGAGGGUCCUAGGACCUCACAUUCAGGGCUGCACAAGAAUUCAGUGGGAAAUGACUCGUCAAGUUCAAAUUCCUCUAUGCAGCAGGAUGCUAUGCAAAACUUAAUACAGGAAUUUAUAAACAGUCGGGCAGUGAAUAGGCAUGUCAGGAACGAAGUCAACUGGGGUAGAGGUAAAAGUUCAGCUGUAGAUAUGCCAUCAGGAGUUUGGGGCCGCUCAGCAGCUGCAGCUGCCCUUGGAAAUGUGUUGGGCAGUAUGCCAGUAAGGACCCCUCAAUCGCACUCAAACGCUGCCUUUACUAGGAACUUGUCGGAAGUCGGUGGCAAUUUUCAUGGAAAGGUUUUAUUACCAGAAUCAGGCUUCAGUAGGUCUGACAGUUAUCACGAUCACAGUAAGUUUUAUGGAAAUAAUAAUGACAUGAACUAUGGAUGGAACUCAUGGAAGGCCUGA